CCAAAACCUUCCGGGAAAGGUCCGCGACAGGGUUGCAGGCACCUAGUCCCUGGAGCCGAGCCUCAGUCGACGAGCCCUAGCCGAAGCACCCUAGGAGGAAGCACUACCCCGCCGAAGGGAGCGGUCAGCCUGGGGCACGCGACCGCCCGCAAACUACGAGGUCUUCCCUUAGGGAACGAGGAAGCUAAGACCCCACGCAACCACCCUCCCACCUCGCCCCUCGAGGAGGUCUCGAGCCUCCCAGAGGCGGCUGGGAGCCGGCUAGCUCGUCACAACUCACCGCUCCGCCCCGCGGCUCCGUCCGUUCCCGGAGGCCCCUUCCGAACCGCUCCCGGAACUAGCCGGCUCCGAGGAAGGGGAAACAAAGGUUCCUGCAGCAGUGCGAAGACCGGACCUUUUUGGCUGUGCGACGGUAGGAAGUGACGUAACAGCGGGCUUCCGGUCCGCCGGAUUAUGAAUGACGGCCGACGCGGCUGUUUCCAAGACAGGGUGCCUGUUGUUUCUCUCCCGGCCUUUCUGGCAGCCAGUGGUCCGUGGGCGAAGACACGCGGAAGCUGCCUCGGAAACCUGGCUCGCGCGGGGUGGGUAGGCGCAGGCGGCUCGUGUCGCUGACACGCUCACGCACCCUCCCUGCCUGGCCGCGCGUCUGCGACCAGGUGACCCAAUGAAAGAAGAAAAUGAAAGGCAUUAAGAAAAGUCUUACAGAAGAAUACCUGUACUUGGACUUUUCUCACCAAAUAGAAGGAUGCAUCUUUCCUCUUCAUACAUCUGUAACUUUGUUUUUGUUGUCCUACUGUGACUGCAAAAUCUUUAAAGUUUGCUUAGUCCCCGCUGGAGAAGGUACAGAUAUUUCACUAAAAAAUGUAGUGCCCCAGGAUGUCCAAGUACAAGUUAUUUCAAGGCAGGAGCUUCCACCAAUAGUCCAGAAUUGCUGUUUACCUGCAGCGGUAGAAAAACCAGACAAUUUCUGUAGAGCAGGACUUGCCGUUGUGCUGAGACACAUAAUCCAGAAGUCAUACGAAGCUGACCCCUCCAAGAAGGAAAUUUUGGAGCUUUUGGGUUUUAAGAAGACUUGCUUGAAAGCCUGUGCCGAAGUUAGUCAGUGGACCAGGCUAUGCGAACUCACCAUCCCUUUAGCUAUUGAGAAUUUUCUUAGAGAAUCUUCUGACCAGCACCCAACUAUCCCCGCAGAAAUACUGCAGUUAGAGAGAAAGCUUAGUGAGCCUGUUAGAGUGCACAACGAUGACAAACUCCGUCGGCAGAAGCUGAAGCAACAGAAGGCUGCUGGGGUCGGGCCUUCCCUUGCUAAGGAAAAAACAAAGAGCAAGGUGCCUACACAAGAAACGUCUGAAGAGUUGGACUCUUCAUCCGAGAGCCUGGAACUGCAAGUGGCAUUCUCAAAGCUCACAGUACUGGAAGAACCAGCUACCACCAACAGGGAGCCUUCUCACAUCAGAAAAGCAAAAGCCUCUGACCUUCCGCCUCUGGAGCAUGUGUUUGCAGAGGGCUUGGACUUCACUUUGGCCGAUAUCGUGCUCUUGCCCUGUAUCCAUCAUUUUUUGGUAAUUAUCUGCAAGAAUCUUUCUGAAAAGCUGAUAGAAUUUCCACUGCUGGCUGCUUGGUACCAGAGGAUUCAGGAAGUGCCGAGAGUAAAAACAGCAGCUUCUCAGUGUGGGAUCCAGUUUCUCCAUUUACCAGAGUUGCUGGCCACGUCAAAUGAACAAGACUCAAACUUACGUGAGGUCCCAGCUGUGGAGGAGCAAAGUGAUGCUGCUUUUAUAGGCGGACCAAGACCUACUAUGACAAAGUUAAUGGAAAAAGGCAUUGAAGUGAUGUUUUCUCCCCACCCUUGCCCUACUUGGACCCUUGAUUGGAAUAGUCUUCCUGCAGCAGUGAGCCCAAAGGAAGGUAAAAUGUCCAGCGAUCGAGCUUUGAGGAAGCAACAGCAGUUAAACAACCUCGUUUAUGUGGUGACGAACCAGGCCAAACCUGGUGACAGAAUUGUGGAUUUCUGCAGUGGCGGGGGCCAUGUUGGGAUUGUCCUUGCUCACAUGCUACCGUCAUGCCAGGUCACAUUAAUAGAAAACAAGGAAUUGUCAUUAAUUCGUGCUAAGAAGAGAAGUGAUGAACUAGGUUUAAGCAACAUUUGGUUCAUUCAAGCAAAUAUGGAGUACUUUACAGGGAUGUUUAAUAUUGGGGUGGCAUUACAUGCGUGUGGAGUGGCAACAGACAUGGUGAUUGAGCGCUGCAUCAAAACGCGGGCUUCCUUUGUCACGUGCCCUUGCUGUUAUGGUUUCAUUCAGAACACCUCAAAGUUUAAUUUUCCCAAAAGUGAACAAUUCAAGAAAACUUUAUCGUACAAGGAGCACAUGAUUCUGUGCAGAUUUGCGGAUCAGACGGCUGUCCAGCUUCCACCCCCACGGAGACUCGUAGGUAUGUGUGUUCACAGAGCAGCUGGAAAACAGUGCAUGUGCCUAGUGGAUCUGGAUCGAGCAAUAGCUGCAGAAGAACGUGGUUACUCUGUUCAAGUAAUAUCCAUGGAGCCAGAAAGCUGCUCUCCCAAAAAUAACAUGAUCGUGGGAGUCCCCAUUUAGAGGGAGAUAUUCACAUGAUGUUUUGCCAUCCGUCUUCAUGAUGAAAGCCCAGUGGCAUUUAGGAGGUUCUUGGCAUAACUAGAAAACAGCAUUAGCCAUCUUGAACUUAUUGUGCUCAGGAAGUAAAGCAGCAGGAAAAUAACGGAAGAAAAGCUGCCUGCAAAGCAUCACAAAUGCUCUUAUAAUGUAUGAUUAAAGGACCGCUGGUUUGCCUAGUGAGAAUCCCCGGAAGUCUCAGCUGCCAACAGAAUAGUACUCACCAGUGGAGGUUCCAUCACUGGAAUAACAAUUUCCUUCUCAGUUCACAGCUUUCCGGGUCUUGUCAAUUUGAUGUUCAAUUCAAAACAGCGAAUUGAAGCCUUUGUAAUCAUUGCAGCCUUUAUAAUCAUUUAGCUAAUCAAAUGGAGACCGAAACUAGAUUCAGUGGGAUGGGUUGGUUGGUUGUGUUUUUAAUAAUUGUACUUUUUCUAUAAUUUUUAAAAAUAUCUAGUCAGGCAACUACGGUGUGGUGAAAUUUUUAAGCCAGGAUGAGUUGGACUUGUAUUUCAUUUCAUAUACUUCUUUAAAUAUGUUUCCCAUAAAUUACCAAAUAAGAUCAUCACUGGUUCAGACGUUUUAUAUGAAUACAUAAAGUAAUUGCAGGAAAUUUCCCAUUAUGGGAACAUGAAAUUUGAACAUGAAUUCUAACUAAACAGUAAAUAUAUUGAUUAAUUAAUUCCAGUUUAUAAAUAAUUAUUGAGGAGCCAUUAUUUUCAAGACCCUGGCCUAGAUUCUUCUAAGGAUACACAGAGUUGCAAGACACAUGGUGCCUUGCCUAUGGAAUAAAUCACGUAAAAGAAAAAAUGAAUUAGUUCUUUAUGCCAUAAUAUAAUGUAAGGUCACAGGAUUUGUUUUCCAGAUAUCAAUCAUAUUUUUUUAGUUACAUUACUUUGGUAAAAUUUAUUGAGUAUAGAUUGGAGGUAAGAGGAGUACAGAGCUUGGAAGCUUAUUUUAAUAUUUCCCCUUCUCACACUUCUCCUCAGUCCACCAGCCAAACUUUUUAAAGACAGAUAACAUGUCCUUUCUCACAUGCUGCUAAUUAUUUAACUUCUACAUGUCCUAGGUUAUUCCAUUUGAGAUGAGAUUUGUUUCAUUGAUCUUGAUGUUUCCAACCCCUGUAUGACACAUAUCAUGAGGAAAAAGGACUUUAAUAAAUAACUCUUCCAUCAUUGUGACUUAAAA